UAAUUGCCCUUUCUGGCCUAGGGCUUGGGGUUGGGUAGCGAAAGGGGGCGCCGCGAUGGCGAACCGAACGGAUCCCGCGGCGAAGAGCAUCCACGGGACGAACCCCCAGAACCUGGUGGAGAAGAUCCUUCGCUCCAAGAUCUACCAGCACACCUACUGGAAGGAGCAGUGCUUCGGCCUCACCGCGGAGACCCUCGUCGACAAGGCCAUGGAGCUCGACCACCUCGGCGGCACCUUCGGUGGUAGCCGGAAACCAACCCCCUUCAUGUGCCUCAUCCUGAAGAUGCUUCAGAUCCAGCCCGACAAGGAGAUCGUCGUCGAGUUCAUCAAGAACGACGAAUACAAGUACGUUCGAAUUCUCGGGGCUUUCUACAUGCGGCUCACAGGCACCGUAACGGAUGUGUAUCGCUAUUUGGAACCCCUCUAUAACGAUUAUAGAAAACUUAGAAUGAAGUCACCCGACGGAAAGUUUUCCUUGACUCACGUGGACGAAGUCAUUGAUGAGCUCCUUACAAAGGAUUACUCCUGCGACGUUGCCCUCCCUCGUGUUCAGAAAAGAUGGACCCUUGAAGCAUGCGGCUUGCUUGAACCUAGAAGAAGUGCGCUAGAAGAUGAUUUUGAAGAGGAAGAAGAAAAAGAGGAAGAGGAUCAGGCUAUGGAGCCUGUAGAGAAUGGUGUCCAUGAAAAGAGUUAUUAUCGUGGGCGUAGUCCUACACGGGAGAGGGACAGAGAUAGAAAGCGUGACAGACAACAUAGGGACAGGGAUUAUGAUCGAGAUUAUGGUAGAGGACGUGAAAGAGAUCGUGAUCGUGAAAGAGACCGUGAUAGAGACAGAGAUAGAGAUAGGGAUAGAGAAAGGGACCGAGAUCGUCACCGAGUAAGAGAUGACAAGGACUAUGGUCGUGACAGAGACCGUGAACGGGAAAGGGAAGGUCGCGACCGAGAAAGAAGAGAUAGGGACCGUGGAAGGCGUAGGAGCCGCUCGAGGAGCCGAAGCAGAGACCGACGAGACAGGGAUCUUGAAGAAGGUGACUAUCGGAAGAGGCGUGCCCGAGGCAGUGUCAGCCCUCGCAGACGGCAAGUGGAUGAUGACAACCCUAGGGAAGAGCCCAAGAAGAAAAAGGAAAAGAAAGAGAAGAAAAGUGAUGGAACUGAUCACCCAGAUCCAGAAAUUGCUGAAGCUAAUAGAUUACGAGCUUCUCUUGGGUUGAAGCCACUGAAGUAACCCUCGAUUUCUUGUUCGUCAUAUCGCUGGGGUUAUAAUCAUGAAUCAAUCGAUGUGUGCUACUAGUAAACCUCCUGCAGCAAUAGAUGUGUGCGAAUGCCUGUGUUGGAUCUCUUAUCUUUAUACUAUUUGCUUUGCAAGAAUAGAAGAUGUUUAUGUAGAUAUAUGCUUCUGCUCCAUCUGUUCGGAACCUGUGUUCAGCGAAGCAAUUGUUCCUUUAUUAAAUUCAGUCAGAUCCCAGAGCAGCUGAAUCGGUCCUUGUGUUAA